AUGUCCGCCUCUGUCCGUUUAUCGCUCUUGGUGGUUGCGUUGCUCGCCCUGCUGGCCUCGGUGCACGCUUUCCCGACAGUCCAGAAAAGAGACGCCGACUUCCUCAGCGUGCGCCUAAAGAACAAGGUCGAUCACAGCGGCAAAGGCGGUGAUCCCGUGGACAAGUAUUUCCACGAGUCUACAUUCCAUCCCCACUAUGACGGACGCUUCGCCGAGACCACGCUUCCCUAUGACGACCGCCUCUCCAACCUGACCAUGCUCGUCCAGACAUACCUUUCCACCAUGCGCGACAUUGGCGCUGAGACUUGGAUCAUGCACGGCUCUCUGCUGGGCUGGUGGUGGAACCGCAAGAUCAUGCCCUGGGACACGGACAUUGACGUGCAGAUAUCGGAGCAGUCGAUGCAUUUCCUGGCCUCGUACUACAACAUGACGGUGCACCACUUCACCAUUCCCGGCACCGAGGAGAGCCGGGACUACAUGAUCGAGGUCAACCCGCAUUACAAGAAUGACUCCAUCACCGACAAGCUCAACGUCAUCGAUGCGCGCUGGAUCGACACCGAGACGGGCUUGUUCAUCGACAUUACCACCGUCCGCCACGACAAGAUCAAGGAAGAAAACGGCGAGCCGGGUUGGAUGUAUUGCAAGGACAAGCACCACUUCAAGUUUGACGACAUCUUCCCUCUGCGCGACAGCACGUUUGAGAAUGUGCCGGUCAAGAUCCCGUACGCUUAUACGGCGUUGCUGGAGGAGGAGUACGGCCCCAGGGCCUUGACCAAGACACGCUACGAAGGUCACCGGUUCGACCAAGAAGAGAUGAAGUGGCUUCCGCUCAGGUAA